CCAGAGUCCCAGUGGCGGCAUGCUUUACACCACUUCAUCUGAGGCUUUGUAUUGCACUUGGUGAUGUAAGGCGUUGAUGCAGUCAAUCGGCCAUGGAAGCCCAUUCCAUGAAGCUCUCUAUGCCACACGAAGUUUGGAGCUCUUUAGCUAUUGACUCUGCAGACAGUUGGCGACUUCUGCACACGGUGUGCUUUAGCAUGCGCUGACCCCGCUCUGUCAUUUUACAUGGCCUGCCAAUUUGUGGCUGAGUUGCUAUUGUUCCCAGUUGCUUCCACUU